GCCAUCUGAUGAUCAAGACAAGCAAACAAUGAUAGAAUCAUCAGAAUUUUAUUUUGUUGAUAUAAAAAAAAAUGCAAACUUCAAAAUUUUUGUUUAGUAGCAAAUUUGUUGCAAGAAGUACGUUCCAAGUGGACCAUAAAUUACAAUGGUUCCCUGGCCAUAUGAGAAAAGGAUUAAGAGAUAUUGGAAAAGUUUUAAGACGAACUCAUUGCAUUCUGGAGGUACACGAUGCACGUAUUCCAUUCAGUGGAAGGAAUUUAAAUCUAAUCAAAAGACUUGUGUCGAAUAAACCAAUCAUUUUGAUACUAAACAAAUCAGAUUUACUUUCAGCCGAAUUCAGACCACUAAUUCGAUCACAGCUAAUGGAAAAAAUGUACAAGAAUGAUAUUCAUCUGGAAGACAUUGUCUUUUUGGAUUCGAUCGCUGCCAAUGUCAAACAUGCCGGUUAUAGUAAUCAAUUUUUGUCCAUCAUAUUGAAUUCAAUUGAAAAAAUACCAAACACGAUUGAUGAGUCGGAUUUUUCUACAGAAGAAAAGAGCUAUAAUUUAUUGGUAAUGGGCAUACCUAAUGUCGGUAAAUCAACCAUCAUUAAUCGAUUGAGAAAUGUUUACCUGAACAAAGCUGGCAAAGCAACCAUUAUCGGAGCAAAAGCAGGUGUGACAAAAGCUGUUUUGGAACGAAUAAAAAUCUGUGAUUAUCCGCAUAAACUAUACCUGUUCGAUACGCCUGGCAUUCUUGAACCGAGUUUCAAUCGCAAUGAAAACAAUCCAACAAAUUCACCAGAACAAUUCAUGCGUUGCGCUCUUUGUGGCACAAUAUCUGAUGAAGUGAUUGGCAAAGAGCUAAUAGCAGAUUAUCUUUUGUAUUGGCUGAAUAAACAGCAACGAUUCGAUUAUGUAGAUUUUCUUGGGUUACCAUCACCUACCAAUGACAUCAAUGAGGCAUUGACUCAUGCAGCAAUCAAAUAUAAUCAAUUUCGUCCAUUCAAGAACCUAGAAACAGGUGUUCAAGAAUUGAAACCUAAUUACAUACCAUUAGCGGAAAAAUUCAUCUCUGAAUUUCGUAAAGGAAAUUUCGGUCAUGUUUUAUUAGACAUUGACAUAAUCAAAACAACGUGAUAUUAUCAAUCAUUGAUUUUUGUUUAAAUUAUAGUUUUAUUGAAUCGAAAAAAAAAUAAAUUUUGGUAAUUAAAAUCCAUACAUAUUAAUAAAGACGCUGUGGUUUGCCCAUAGUCGAUUUUAUGUGCAACGAUUUAA